AUGGAGGAUGGUUCAGCUCAAUGCGUAUUGAUUCUAAUUAGCACAUGUUGUGCCUUUGCUAGUAGCUCCCCUUUAGCUCCGCUUGGAGAGUUUUUUUUAGCUUCCACCCCGCUCCGAAACACACUGGCACCUCCUUCCUCUUCUCUCUUUACAAAUGUUACAACACAAUCAGAAAUUUCCUCUUAUCUUUCCUUCCUGCAUUUCCAGCAGGUUCCCUUGCGUCAGAAGCCGAGGAGGAAAACUCAAGGAUUUUUCGCGAUGAGUCGGAGACGGGUCUCGUGUAAAGAUCUGGGACACGCUGACUGCCAAGGGUGGCUGUACAAGAAAAAAGAAAAGGGAACGUUCCUUAGCAACAAAUGGAAAAAGUUCUGGGUGGUGCUGAAGGGCUCGUCCCUGUACUGGUACAGCAGCCAGAUGGCAGAGAAGGCUGAUGGAUUUGUCAACCUGCCUGAUUUCACUGUGGAAAGAGCCAAUGAAUGCAAGAAGAAGCAUGCUUUUAAGGUCAGUCAUCCAGAGAUCAAGACCUUUUAUUUUGCAGCUGAGAAUACGCCGGAAAUGAAUGUGUGGUUAAACAAGCUUGGACUGGCUGUGAUCCAUCAGGCAUCUGCUGCACAGGAUGAAGAGCGCUACAGCGAGAGUGAACAGGAAGAUCCCGAAGUAGCUGUGGAGACACCGCCCUCUCCCUACUCUUCAGAGGCUCUUUCUGCCUCGGCGGCCCACCAGGCAUCUUCAUCCUCACCAAAGCGGAGUGAAGCAUCAUGUUCUUUCUCCUCUCGGGAACAUGCAAAGAAGACGGCUAGCAGUGCUUCUUCCUCCUCAGCGAAAGAAAGACAGUCCUGGCUCAACAUAGUGAACAGCUCCUCUGCUGCUGAAGACGAGGGACAGCCUGUAAUGUUUGCCGUGCAGGUUCACUCGCCUCUCCCUUCAGAGGCCAACAGUUGCAAGACCCAGGAAGAUGCUACAUCAGAGAGUGGGUUUCUGAACUCUUUAUCUAGUGAUGACACGUCUUCAUUAAGUAGCACUCUAGACCACUUGACUGUCCCAGACAAGCCUAUUGGAUCCAAGAUGACAGACAGAGAAGAAACAAAAGCUUCUGAAGAUGAUGAAAUGGAAAAGCUCUACAAAUCUUUAGAGCAGGCGAGUUUAUCUCCUCUCGGGGAUAGACGGCCAUCCACCAAAAAGGAAUUGAGAAAAUCCUUUGUUAAGCGGUCCAAAAAUCCAUCUAUAAAUGAGAAACUCCACAAGAUCCGAACCUUGAAUAGCACCUUAAAGUGCAAAGAACAUGAUUUGGCCAUGAUUAACCAGUUGCUGGAUGAUCCAAAGUUGACAGCCAGGAAAUACAGAGAAUGGAAGGUCAUGAACACCCUGUUGAUUCAAGACAUCUAUCAGCAGCAGCGGGCCAUGCCUGUCCCCGAGGACAACCCCCAGGAACUCGAGAAACAGCCCUCCUCAGCCUGCAUCGAAAGUUCGAUUUGAGAACAAGCCCAGAUACUCUCUCCUUUUAUCCUAUGAAACUCGCCAAGAUGUUGAAAGAUUUUACUUUUUUUUUUUCCUUCAAAAGAAGGCUGACAUCCUCUAAAGAUGGGACUUGGGGGGCAGGUCUUCACCAAGUGGAUCAGGUCUCCUAGUUCUGAUAGCAAGAACUCCACGGAAUGGGGCAUCAUUUGGAAUUAUUGAACUCAGUCGAACACAAUAAUUUGUAUGUUCCUCCUGUGACCUUCAGGUUAUGCCAGACUCCUGGUGGGAUGUGAGAAAUGUAUCUGUUCCCUUUUCCCAAGAUUAUGCCAACUUUCUAUAGACAAAAGAUCAAAUUGGACCAGGGUUAAUUAUUCAUAGAACUCUUCUAUGUUCCAAAAGAAGAUCGUACAUAGUUCCACUUGACUGUGUACUUGAGUUUUCUUUCUUUUAAUUUUUUUCAAGUGGAAGAACGUUUUCUGCAGCACUCCACUUGAGCAAGACAGAUACAGUCUUCAGGAACAAAUCCUCGGCUUUGUUGGUGAUAGAAAAAUGGUGCCAUUUCUACGCACUGGCAAACAUGUCACAGAGAGAAGGUGCCAGACAGUCACCGUGGGAGGCACGUUCCAGUCUCCACUCCCUCAGAGGACCACUUGGUAUUUUCACACUUGACCCAGGUGGGAGGAAUCCCAUAAGUGUUUGCUUGCCACCAAACAGUGAGAGAAAAGCAUCAUUACACUUGGGAACCUCUUCCCCUCCUAGCUGGUCUAGGCAACAUGGGAGACAGGGACGGGUGCAGCAGGAAGUGGUGCAGCGCGGGUCCUGGGCUGUGGUUCCACAGAAUCCACUUUGAAAAGAAGAUUCUGGCAUCGGAGUCGGUUUAGUACCUGUACUCCGAGCACAAACCAAUGGGGGCGUUAAAACACGAUGGUUUUAUUUUUGUAUAGCUUUCGUGUCACGGUGCGUCCUAUGUGAAUAGAUAAACUUUCUAUGUUUGUUAUUUAAGUAUAUUUAUAGAAGUUCAGAUUACUAGUGUUUUCAAAGAUGAUAUGCUACUGUAUGUUUUAGUCAGUAUAAAUCCUUGAAGUAUAUACUUUUUUUGCUUGAGAAACAUAGGGAUAUAAUUGAUUUAUUGGUAUUAUUAUAUUGCACUAUAAGGUAGAAGAAUGCUCAGGGGAUCUUAAGGGAUCAUCAAUAGAGGGUCAUGCAUGCCUAAUCUUUGAUUUUCCCGACCCCUUCUCUCUCAAUCUAAGGCUCUUAAAUUUCUUUCGUUCCUUUUACAUCACCCUCCUUACUGGGAAAACGCUUUCCUUUUAGGGUUACCUCUUCCAUUAAGUUAAUUUUAUUUUUGAAGCAUUAUGCCCUUCACACUCACAAACUUGAAACCAAAUGAGAUAUAAUUCAUGUAGAUUUUUUUACCAAGACCACUGGAGAUUUGGAGAGCCCAUUGUUAAAGAAGAACUCAUUUUGCUUGAGAGGGAAAAAAAUGACUGUCUUCACUUCCUAAUUAUGAACAUUUCUCACCAUGAGACUAACCACAACCCACUGAACACCCACUUUGGCCCUGCCCCUAGCAAACUGUCAUUCUGUUUGUAGUCAACAUGUGGCUUGACAUUCAAAUGGAAAGAACCACCCCAAUUUGAUCUGCAAGGCAGAUGGAAAUGUCUCUUGACUAUUUCCCCACGUCUUACUGAGAAGUUGUGAGGCUCUGUCAACAAGGAAGAGAACCUCACAUUAAGAAAGAAACCAAACAGGAAGUGAGUUGUAGUGCAAGAAGCCUGUCAGAUAGGAGCCCUUGCCUGUGGCCUUGGGCCCAGCACACAUGCAGGCCCUCAUGUUUAGGGAAGGUGCUGGGCGAGGCCACAGGCCAUACGGCCACCUGACUCUGACCUGCAGUGAGCGUAGAGUUGACCCAGGCAGAAGGCACCAUCUCUGAUUGGGCUACCGUGGUUCUGGUUUGAGAGGCCAAGGGUUUAAUCUUCUGAUGCUGGUCCUUAGCAUCGUGAUCCGUAGAGAUAAGAAGCUUGAUGGGUAAGGAUGUUCCACUGCAGACAGAGGGUUGAGGCAAGGAGAAAUCAGACUGGAGGAAAUGAUUGGAUGGCCUAGGUGUUCUAGCAGAACUUUUUCCUCUUGGACACCUUCUCUCCCCCUUCUCCCCU